AUGCAAAGCCCAGAUCCGACGGGGGAGGACGAAUCACAGUACAUCACCAACAGGCGCAUCCAACGGCUGUCCUUGCACCUGACACCCAAUUACCCACAACCUCAAAACGACGCCACCCACCACCAGCUUCAGCUGCUAGAGUGCGCCAAAGCGGCGACGCUGAAGGUGGACACAGAUAGUCUUUCCAAUUACUUGAGAGGCAAGCAUAAAGACAUUCAAGACAGAGUUUUGGACUACUUCAACAACAGGCCUGAUCUUCAGACGCCACUUGAGAUUUUGAAGGAUGAUCACCGUGAGCUUUGUAUGAGGCAGCUUGUUGCGUUGGUCAGAGAUGCUGGGAUUAGGCCUUUCAGGUACGUGGUUGAAGACCCGGCUAAGUACUUUGCUAUUUUGGAAGCCGUUGGAAGCGUGGACGUGUCUCUUGCGAUUAAGAUGGGGGUGCAGUACAGUCUUUGGGGAGGUUCUGUACUCAAUUUAGGAACUAAAAAACACAAGGACAAGUAUUUUGAUGGUAUUGACAAUAUGGAUUAUCCAGGUUGUUUUGCUAUGACAGAACUGCAUCACGGCUCAAAUGUUCAAGGUCUACAAACUGUGGCAACAUUUGAUCCACUCACAGAUGAAUUUAUAAUUGACACACCCAAUGAUGGUGCCAUCAAAUGGUGGAUUGGCAAUGCUGCUGUUCAUGGCAAGUUUACUACAGUUUUUGCUAAGCUGAUGUUGCCAACUCACGAUACCAAAGGAGUUUCUGAUAUGGGUGUCCAUGCCUUCAUUGUGCCAAUAAGGGAUUUCGAGACCCACCAAACUCUUCCAGGGAUUGAGAUACAUGAUUGUGGCCAUAAGGUUGGUCUGAAUGGGGUGGACAACGGAGCAUUAAGAUUCCGCUCAGUGAGAAUUCCUCGUGAUAAUCUUCUUAAUCGAUUUGGAGAUGUCUCCCGGGAUGGGAAGUACACAAGUAGCUUACCAUCUAUAAAUAAAAGGUUUGCUGCCACAUUAGGGGAACUUGUAGGUGGGAGAGUCGGCCUUGCAUAUUCUUCAGUUAGUGUCCUCAAGAUUGCUGCCAUAAUUGCAAUUCGAUAUUCUCUACUGCGUCAACAAUUUGGUCCUCCUAAGCAACCUGAAGUUACCAUUCUUGAUUACCAGUCCCAUCAGCACAAGUUAAUGCCAAUGCUGGCUUCAACUUAUGCAUUCCAUUUUGCCACGCUGCAUUUGGUGGAGAAAUAUGCAGAGAUGAAAAAGACUCAUGAUGAACAAUUGGUUGGUGAUGUCCAUUCGCUUUCGGCAGGGCUCAAGGCUUAUGUGACAGGAUAUACAGCAAAAUCAUUGAGUAUCUGCAGGGAAGCUUGUGGAGGCCAUGGGUAUGCUGCUGUCAACCGCUUUGGUAGCUUGAGGAAUGACCAUGACAUUUUUCAGACAUUUGAAGGGGACAACACAGUGCUUCUACAACAGGUGGCAGGUGAUCUGUUGAAGCAAUACAAGGAGAAAUUUCAAGGGGGUACACUCACUGUUACAUGGAACUACCUUAGAGAGUCCAUGAACUCAUAUUUAUCUCAGCCAAAUCCAGUGACUGCUCGUUGGGAAAGUGAAGACCAUUUGCGAGAUCCUAAGUUCCAGUUGGAUGCUUUUAGAUACCGAACUUCUCGAUUACUCCAAAGUGUUGCCGUUAGACUACGCAAGCACUCUAAAACUCUUGGAAGUUUUGGUGCUUGGAAUAGAUGCUUAAAUCACCUUUUGACACUUGCAGAGUCCCAUAUUGAGUCUGUCAUCCUUGCCAAAUUUAUCGAAUCUGUUCAGAACUGUCCGGAUGCAAGUUCUCGAGCUGCUUUGAAACUCGUUUGUGAUCUUUAUGCCUUGGAACGAAUCUGGAAGGAUAUAGGAACCUAUCGUAAUGUUGAUUAUGUGGCACCAAACAAAGCUAAGGCAAUCCACAAACUCUCAGAAUAUCUGAGUUUCCGAGUGAGAAAUGUAGCAAGGGAACUGAUAGACGCUUUUGAUAUUCCAGAUCAUGUUACACGGGCCCCAAUUGCAAUGCAGUCAGAUGCCUACUCUCAUUACACACAAUACGUGGGCUUUUAA